AUGGCUUCCGAUCAAGACUCUGAGCAAGACUCUAAAAUUCCUGAAUCACCCAAAACAAAAAUCACAGAUCCCACCCUCAAUCCAAGAGAUCCAUAUUAUCUACAUCCUGGCGAGAAUUCGGGUGCUACGAUCGUCUCUCCUCCUCUUGAUGAUAACAAUUAUCACAAUUGGAGCAUGUCGAUGCGUCGUGCCCUAGCAUCCAAGAACAAGCUCUCUUUCAUCAAUGGGAGAAUCAAGAAACCUUCGCUGAACGAUGCCAAUUAUGAGCUAUGGGAACGCGCAAACAAUAUGGUGUUAUCUUGGAUCAAUCGGACUUUGUCACCUCACAUCGCUCAAAGCACGGUUUACUUUGAUUCCGCCUUCGAGCUAUGGGAGGAUCUUCGUGAAAGAUUCACAAAAGGUAACCACUUCCGUUUUUCUGAUCUUCUCCGUAAAAUACAUUCCAUACAACAGGGAGAUCUCACUUUAUCUGCUUAUUUCACUGCCCUAAAAAUCUUAUGGGAUGAAUUAGAAGACCUUAAGCCUACACUUCUUGCACUUGUCUUAAUCCCUGCACUUGUGACCUAG